AUGUUUUCCAAGUCGUUCUGGAAGGGCCGCUCCCUGCGCACCUCGGACAAGAAGAGGACAAAGGCCGCCGAGUUGACGCUGAAGGAGUCGCUCUUCCCGAUCUGCCUCGUCACCAUCCUCUUCUUCCUCUGGGGCUUCUCCUACGGUCUGCUCGACACCCUGAACAAGCAUUUCCAGAAUACCCUGGACAUCAGCAAGGCUCGAUCCUCCGGCCUCCAGGUCGCCUACUUUGGCGCCUACCCCUUGGCUUCUCUUGGGCACGCCGCCUGGAUCCUGCGCCACUACAGCUAUCGAGCCGUCUUCAUCUGGGGCCUCUUCCUCUACGGACUUGGCGCCCUGCUGGCCAUCCCUGCCAUCUUGAACCGCUCCUUCGCCGGCUUCUGCAUCUGCAUCUUCAUCAUCGGCAACGGCCUGGGUUCGCUCGAGACGGCUGCCAACCCUUACAUCACCGUCUGUGGCCCGCCCAAGUAUUCCGAAAUCCGAAUCAACAUCUCCCAGGCCUUCAAUGGCAUCGGCACGGUCGUGGCCCCCGUCCUGGGCUCCUACGUCUUCUUCAACUUCGACGACGUAAAGGCGCUGCAGAACGUGCAAUGGGUCUACCUCUCUAUCGCGGUUUUCGUGUUCAUCCUCGCCUUCAUCUUCUUCGUCUCGGAUAUCCCCGAGAUCACGGAUGCAGACAUGGCCUUCCAGGCAGAGGAGUCUCGCGCCUCCGAAGACAGCGACAUGCCAUUCAUAAAGCAGUACCGUCUUUUUCAUGCUUCUUUCGCCCAGUUCUGCUACACUGGAGCCCAGAUCGCCAUCGCGAGUUACUUCAUCAACUACGUGACCGAGUCCCGCACCAACACCGACUCCGCCCUCGGCUCGCAGUUCCUAGCCGGCGCCCAGGGCGCCUUCGCCGUCGGCCGUUUCGUGGGCGUUGGACUUAUGAACUUCAUCAAGCCCCGCAUCGUCUUCGGCAUCUUCCUGACCAUGUGUAUCGUCUUCGUCGGGCCCUCCAUCACCCAGGGCCAGAACACGGGCAUGUCGAUGCUCUACGUCACCCUCUUCUUCGAGUCCAUCUGCUUCCCGACCAUCAUGGCCCUCGGCAUGCGCGGGCUGGGCCGCCACACCAAGCGCGGCUCCGGGUUCAUCGUGGCGGGUGUCUUUGGCGGCGCCGUCGUCCCGCCGCUGACGGGCGCCGUGGCGGACCUGCACAACACCCCGACCGCCAUGGUCGUGCCCAUGGCCUUCUUCAUCGCCGCGUGGUCGUACGCGCUGGCUGUCAACUUCGUGCCCAAGUACCGCGACACGGCGGAUGCGUUCACCGAGACGGAGAUCGGCCUGCACGGGCACCACGAGGGUGUGGCUGAGGAUGGAAGCCUCGGGGGUGAUGAGGAGAAGGAUGUUGUUACGGAUCAGAAGGAGGCAUGA